AGACCACCGCCAAAGGUCUUUCCGCAGAUAAGAGUAAAUAACAAAUCAUCAUUAACAAACAACUUUUAUAUGAUCAUCUGCUGGAAUAUCUAUUGAAAUAGCUGUAUUAAUCUAUAGCUUUCCUAAAUAUAAACAAAAAACGCGGCGAAUGAUCUACAAUGGGCAUGGGUCUACUUAACAUCUGGAGACGUGGCCUCCACACGAGAUCCGCCCGAUUGCAGAUGAUCCAGGGUGCCAGGCCCACCAAAAGGAUAUGCAUCGUGGGAGCCGGACCAGCCGGCUUCUAUGCCGCCCAACUAAUCCUCAAGCAACUGGAUGACUGCGUGGUGGACGUGCUCGAGAAGCUGCCGGUUCCCUUCGGACUGGUGCGCUUCGGCGUAGCACCCGAUCAUCCGGAGGUCAAGAACGUAAUCAACACCUUCACCAAGACCGCCGAGCAUCCGCGUCUGCGUUACUUUGGCAACCUAUCGCUGGGCUCGGAUGUCAACCUGCAGGAGCUGAGGGAUCGGUACCAUGCCGUGCUCCUGACCUACGGAGCGGACCAGGAUCGGCAACUGGAACUGGAGAACGAGCAGCAGGGCAAUGUGAUAUCUGCCCGGAAAUUUGUGGCUUGGUACAAUGGCUUGCCGGGUGCGGAAAACCUAGCUCCGGAUCUCAGUGGUCGCGAUGUCACGAUUGUGGGUCAGGGCAACGUCGCUGUGGAUGUGGCCAGGAUGCUCCUCAGUCCUUUGGAUGCUCUGAGGACCACAGAUACAACGGAGUAUGCUCUGGAAGCCCUAUCCCGCAGUCAAGUCGAGCGAGUGCAUCUGGUGGGCAGGCGUGGUCCCCUGCAGGCCGCCUUCACAAUCAAGGAGCUGCGGGAGAUGCUCAAGCUGCCCAAUGUGGACACUCGCUGGCGAACCGAUGAUUUCUCGGGCAUAGAUCUCCAGUUGGAUAAACUGCAGCGUCCUCGCAAGCGACUCACCGAACUGAUGCUCAAGAGCCUGAAGGAACAGGGCAGGUCCUCUGGCACCAAACAGUUCCUGCCCAUCUUCCUGCGUGCUCCGAAAGCUAUAGGUCCAGGCGAAAUGGAGUUCUCCGUCACGGAACUUCAGCAGGAUGCAGCAGUGGCCACCAGUUCCACGGAGCGCCUUCCCUCGCACCUAAUCCUGCGCAGCAUUGGUUACAAAUCCAGUUGCGUGGAUGGGGCCAUCAAUUUCGACACCCGUCGCGGUCGUGUUCACAACAUUGACGGUCGUGCUCUCAAGGAUGAUGCUUCGGGAAAUGUGGAUCCCGGUCUAUAUGUGGCCGGCUGGCUGGGAACUGGACCCACUGGCGUUAUUGUGACCACCAUGAACGGCGCCUUCUCGGUGGCCAAAAACAUCUGUGAUGAUAUAGCCGCCAAUGUUUUGGAUACCAGCUCAGCAAAACCAGGAUUCGAUGCCGAUGGCAAGAGCGUAGUUACUUGGGAUGGAUGGCGGCGGAUCAACGACUUUGAAAUCGAGGCGGGCAAGGCCAAGGGAAAGCCGCGUGAGAAGAUCGUUAGCAUCAAUGAUAUGCUGCGAGUGGCGGGCGUGUAAAGCCCGCAUUCCAUGGGUGGUGGCUGACAAUAGUUUUUAUGAGAACAAAUCUAGCUUACUUUAUUUAACUGUCGUUUGAGGCCUUUGUAAUUUAUUGUAAAUAAAAAUCUUGUAAAUUUAU